AUGACUGAGAUUCCACCACCUGAGGCUAGAACUGGCUUCAAAACUCGACUUCACGCCAUCCUGUACAUUCAGGAACAUUCCAACAAUAAUGGCUUUCGUGUAACCAUCAAGGAUUCCAGGCCGAAAUGGGUUCAAUUCAAAUGUCAUCUAGGACCAACUCGACACAAGGACACCAAUUCCAAUGCGAAUACCAAGACGUGUGGAUUUCUGUCCACCUCUAAACUCGAUUCUUCCGAUGGAACUUGGAAUUUUACUAUUCAAAACGCGAAUCACAAUCAUGAACCGGACUUCAAUAUACACAAGCACGAUCUUGCGAUUUUACGUGACACCAUCAGCAAAGAAGAAGAAAAACAACAUCGAAACAUUGUAACACCUCAAAUUCCUUCAGGACAAAUCCUUAUACCUCAUAUUCAAUCAGUCCAACCUUCGACUUCUGCAAUCACUCCCCCGUUUUUUAUACUUCAAUACCAAGCUCUGAAGCAGCAAAUGCAAGCUCUGCCAAUGCAGUCUCAAGCGUAUCUAUUGACUCGAUUCCUUUCCGAAUGCCAGCUUGCUGCCGGACUUGCAAACACAGUCUCAACUCCUAUUCCCACACCUCUACCUCCUAAUCCUCUCCCCGAAAUCUCGAAUACAACACCCCAAGAUUCAACAACUCCAAAGGCUUCGAAUCAGUCUACUAAUGAUGAAGACACACAAGAAUCACAAUUUUUAAGCAACUCACCCAUCAAAUCUAAUCCAGAUCAAAGCUUGCUUAAUAUCAAGAAUCGAGAAACGGCAAAAAGUGGAGAAUCGAAAGGGAAUGAACGUGAGGAGCCGCCAAUCUCAGAAGAGGAAGAAGCACCUGAAGAAAAUCACGCACCACUAACACACCAUGUUACCUUACCACAGGAUAGCAAUCCCGUUGUUCAUAGGAGUCCAAAGAUUUCGAAGAAGAAAACACCAAAGAGAAAAGCUUCAGCUGUGGAAGAGCCGACACACAAUAACCAUCCUACGAGUCCAAUAACAACAAGGGCUUCAAGCUCAAGCCACGCUCAAGUUGCCCGAAAAUCAACUAGGACAAUUCAAAAUAAAGAAAACGAUCAACCAAAGGUGAAGAAAGCUCGGACACAAGCAAACAACCAUGAACUUACCUUGCACCACAAAGCCUCCAAACGAAGAUCGAAGUCGAAGGCAAAGCCGAAGCUAUCCAAAUACAAACAAAAAGUGAUGGAACGCGUAAAGAACAUGUCAAAAGAAAACCAGGCAAUAGUCAAAAGAUGGGAUUGUGUCAAGACCCUCCCCGUAGAGUUGUUUCCUUUCAUCAAAUCCGCCGUUAACCCACCCGGCAAAGGUCUCUGCACCUUUGGAGCAAUUGCGGUACAACUUGGUCGAGGUGUUGAUGAGGCACCGAUUGUCAGGCGUGAAAUGCUUGCAGAAGUCCAAAAACGUCUCCCUUUGGUAUACGAAACACCUUUUGACAUUGUCAUCUGA